AUGACGACUAAGACCAUCCAUGGGAACUCGCAAUUCCAGAAGCCUUCUUCUCUACGCUGGACAUGGGAGUCACCCGCUGAAGUGUACCGUAAUGAAAUAGACCACAUCAUCGUCAAUAAAAGAGAGGCGAUAAAGGAAGACCUUAAAAAGAGAAGAGCAGAAGCGCUGGCUGAAGCCGCAGAGGCGGGGAAAAGCAUCCGCUAUGCCUGUCGAGACUUCGCCAGUCGCAAGACGAGGAUGACUGCUCUCCGGAACCCAAAGGGAACAGCCAUUGCAUCGAGAAGGGGGAUGGAGAAAAUCAUCUACGACUUCUACUCUGAUCUCUUCGACAGCCGUGUCCACUUGCCUCCUCACCAUCUGAGGGAAGACGGACAAGUCAUUCCAGAGAUUCUCCCGUCCAAAAUACGACAUGCUAUCAGUAAGAAGUCGGUAAGAAGUCGUACGGCACCCGGUCCCGACAGAAUAAGACCAGAACACCCGAAGAACCUUCCGCCAGUACUCAUCAACACCUUGGCGAGGCCCUUUACCUGUCGGAAUGCAAGGUUCCUCAACAGUGGAAGAUCAGCAAGACCGUGUUGUUGUAAAAAAGGGGAGAUCUACAUGACAUCGGCAUCGGCAGCUAUCGCCCAAUCUGCUUACUGUCCGUCAUCUAGCUCUUUACAAGAAUGA